GCAGAGCCCGGAGUCCGGGGCUGUCGAUCGGCCUGGUGUCCGCCUUCGGUGCCGGCAUGUGCUGUGCAUUGGAAGGGUGUGCCGACGAGCUCUGCCAGCCCGCCCCCGCGGGCCCCGAGCCGGCGGAUCUCGGCGCAGGCGCCGUCUCCAGAGGAGUGGAGCGCCUGAACGCCGACGUCUCACAAGAAAGUGCACUGGAA